AUGCGCAGGAUCCUGCUGACCGUGGUGGUGAUCUUCCGGAUCCUCAUCGUGGCCAUCGUGGGGGAGACGGUGUAUGAUGACGAGCAGACCAUGUUCGUGUGCAACACCCUGCAGCCGGGCUGCAACCAGGCCUGCUACGAUCGCGCCUUCCCCAUCUCUCACAUCCGCUACUGGGUGUUCCAGAUCAUCAUGGUGUGCACGCCCAGCCUCUGCUUCAUCACCUACUCCGUGCACCAGUCGGCCAAGCAGCGUGAGCGCCGAUACUCCACCGUCUUCCUGGCCUUGGACAGGGACCCGCCGGAGGCUAUGGGGGGCCCAGGGGGCACAGGCCCCGGGGGCGGCGGGGCUGGCAAGCGGGAAGACAAGAAGCUACAGAACGCCAUCGUCAACGGGGUGCUGCAGAACACAGAGCCGGUGGGCAAGGAGGGAGAGCCCGACUGCCUGGAGGUGAAGGAGCUGAGCCCGCACCCGUCCGGGCUGCGCACGGCCGCACGCUCCAAGCUGCGGCGCCAGGAGGGCAUCUCCCGCUUCUACAUCAUCCAGGUGGUGUUCCGCAACGCGCUGGAGAUCGGCUUCCUGGUGGGCCAGUACUUCCUGUACGGCUUCAGCGUGCCCGGCCUGUACGAGUGCAGCCGCUACCCCUGCAUCAAGGAGGUGGAGUGCUAUGUGUCGCGCCCCACCGAGAAGACCGUCUUCCUGGUCUUCAUGUUCGCCGUCAGCGGCAUCUGCGUCGUGCUCAACCUGGCCGAACUCAACCACCUGGGCUGGCGCAAGAUCAAGCUGGCCGUGCGCGGCGCCCAGGCCAAGAGAAAGUCAGUCUACGAGAUCCGCAACAAGGACCUGCCCCGGGUCAGCGUCCCCAACUUCGGCAGGACUCAGUCCAGUGACUCGGCCUACGUGUAG